UUCGGAGUUUGGAGUGGGGCAGCAGGACAGAUUGAAGGCUGUCUUACUCACGUCAUUGCGACACUGUCCCAAACCAUGUCCUCUUACUCUCAGGCUGAGCUGCCUCCUGCGACGACGCCAUCGCCACGCCAGGCGUGGGGGGAGAAGGUAUCAGAGACAGUGUUUUCGCUCUACAAAUCUCUCCCCAAGAAGGGAAAGCCUCAGGGCCGGGAGGUUACUGUUCUUGCCGCCUUUCUCCUCUCUUCUCCCUCUCAAGAUUUGCAAGUCGUUGCGUUGGGUACGGGAACGAAAUGCAUUGGCCGCUCGAUGAGGAGCCCGCGUGGAGAUGUAGUGAAUGAUUCGCAUGCUGAAAUUAUUGCACGAAGGGCUUUAAUGAGGUUCUUCUAUACAGAGAUCCAAUCUCUAGGCGAGAUUUAUAAAGAACACAAUCGCAAUAAAGGAAACAAACUGUUGGCAAGUGAUGCUGUCUCAAACUUGCUUUUCCAUUUGGACAAAGAUUGCCCUGGUGAAGAAAAGUACACGAUGAAAGCGGGUUGGAAAUUACAUUUUUAUAUAUCACAGUUGCCAUGUGGAGAUGCCUCACUCAGUUCACAGUUGUUUCCAUUUAAAAAUAUCGUUCCCCUUAGAGGAGUAGGUUCACCAUCAUGUAUGAGCAAUUGUAAUGAUUCGAUGGCAGAAUUUAUUGAGGCUUCAACGAGUAAUGGUGAUGGCUCCCAACAGCUCUUUGGAAUGGUUCAAAGGAAGCCUGGUCGUGGUGAUACAACUUUGUCUGUUAGCUGCUCUGACAAGAUAGCCCGUUGGAAUGUUGUUGGAAUUCAAGGGGCUUUGCUUUCCUACUUUCUUCAACCUGUUUUCCUUUCUUCCAUUACUGUUGGGCAAUCCUCUAAUGAUUCUGGAAAUUUCCCCUUAGAGGACCAACUAAGAAGAGCUGUACAUGACCGGAUCGUGCCACUAUCUAAUGAACUAAUGAGUCCGUUUAAAGUGAACAAGCCACUAUUCUGGAAAGCUCCCAUACCACCACAGGAAUUUCAGCAUUCUGAGACUGCUGCGACCACUUUAACAUGCGGGUUUUCAAUAUGCUGGAAUAUUUCUGGUUUGCAUGAAGUCAUUCUUGGAACAACUGGCAGAAAGCAAGGGACUUCUGCAAAAGGGGCACUUUAUCCAUCUACCGAAUCAUCUUUAUGCAAGAAGCGUUUGUUGGAGUUUUUCUUGUCACUAAAGCCGGAAUGCUCAGCUGAUUUCCCUACUGAUGAGAUUUCUUAUCAAGAUCUCAAGGAAAGGGCUCUAGAAUACAGUUCAGCUUCAAAAUUAUUUAAAGGUAGUCCAUCUUUCGGCAAUUGGCAAUCGAAACCCUUAGACUUUGAGGCCUUCUCAAUUACGAGACAAUGAGAUUACGGGCACAACCGGGAAAAGGCAGGCAGGCAGGCAGCCUCGAAAGAAACACAGGGAUUGACGGUGUUCUUAUUUAAGUUUUCAGAUACAGAAACCUAAUUCACCGGCAACUACUGCGGCAGAUAACUGUAACUACAUAUUAUAUGGAAGCAGGAGAGAUCAGUAGGAAAAGGAAUAAUAAUAAUAGAAGAAGAAUGAUGAAUAAAGCGUUCAGGUGGUGGGAUGGAGGAAGAAUUUUUGCAAGUCAUGUCGCAAGAGCAGUACUGCUUCUAGUACUGUCAAUCUGGCGUUUGGAUUCAAAGAAUAAGAGGUCAGUAGCUGCUGCCAUUGUCCUCCUCCUCCUCCUCUUCUUCUUCGCGCUCCUCGUCAUCGCCUUCAAUUUUCCAGGCCACUCCUGGAAUCUUUAUAUUGUAAGUCAUUCCUUACACUGCUCAGCUUCUCAUUAAUUUCUCAAAAAAAUUAUUUAUGCCCUCCGUUCGGAUAUGUCUUGGAUUCGGAUGAGUAUAGUUAUAAUCAAUUUUUUUCUGACAAAAACGAGACACUAUGUUGAAAUUAUUUUAGUUUUUCUGUGUCAUCCACUAUGUUAGGUGGUAACACUAGCAAUAUACCUAAUAACUUUUCACUACUAGUUGUAAGAAAAAUAAUGCUCGACUCAAUAAUUUCAUUCUUAAGCUUAAUUUUUUUAAUAUACUUUCAAUUAGGUAUCGAGAGGACAAA